AUGAAUCCAUCCAUAGAUCUGCCUCAUGUUGUAACAAAAUACUUUCCUGUCAUCGAUUCUUUAAUUCGAGAAUACUUGACUCUGCAUGUUCUCUCUCUCCAACAACAACAACUUUCCGAAUGUUUCUAUCUUAAGUCAUUACUACAAACUUUGGAAUGUGAUAUUGUUAUACAUAUUUGGAUAGUAGUGCCGCAAGGAUUGUUUCAAGGUCAUUUUACUAAUUACAUUGUAAUACUUGUGGAUGUCUUAAUGAAAUCACAUCUUGCUAGAUUUCAUAUUUCUUUGAUAUCCAGUUGCUGGUACAAGACUGACAAGAUGAAUGAAAAUAAAAAUCUAAUUGCUUUUCUCCCACCAAUCAACUUAUAUAAAUCUAAUCAACCUUCGGCAACAAAUAUCACUUCACAUAUUAUCGAUUUUCGAUACCUUUCUCGAUUUCGCGUUGCUAACGUAUUUACACCCGCUUUACAAAAAUCUGUUAGCGAAAAAACGUGUUGGUCUAAGGGGCAUGAAUUAACAAAAAAAGCACUUAAUCUAACGUUACAGCUUAACUGUGAUGAUGAAUUUAAUCAGAUGAUGGAGAA